UCGAGAGAGCACACCCGGAGCCAUCAGCGAACGGGCGCGGGCGAAGUUUUAUUUCUCGGCAUUCGCGUAUUCGUUUUCGUUCGUCGUAGCAGUGAUGGCGGCGUAGCGCAGUAACAAGAAUCGAGAGUGUGUUCGGAAAAGACUAAUCAGGGAUUCCGUGGCUUGGACUCUGUGCGCGAAAAAAAGUGAACCCGAAAGAACGAAGCGGCCUGCGGCAAGUGCUGAUUGGAUUCGGGGGACAUUUCCGACGCGAUUGGCACCGGAAGCAAUUCCGCGGACGGGUGGAGAAAAGCUAGAAAGAAAUUUUUUCUCUGGGCAGACGGUCGUCCGUCCCGUCUCUAGCCUAGUUGGUAGGGAACUACGCACACACACAUUUACGUGGUGGCUAGGUUUGUUGGCGGAGGAGCGCUGGGGGAGAGGCGAGAAAAGAAGACUACGAAGAAAAGCGGGGCUGCUGCAAUUUUUGUUGUACCCCCAUUUUUGCGUUUUCCACUUUUAUUCCGGACGGAACGGGGCCCCAUUUUCGGGUGGCAAGACCUGGUGGACAUCGCGGGAGUGGUCUACUAGUGGAUUUGGUCAGCAAUCGGGAAAGGUGUCCUCUUCCCAAGUGGCCCUCUCCUGUGUGUCGAGGGGCUGCCGUAAGGAGAAAAGAGAACCUGGGGGCCAGCAGAAGCAGCAGAAAAAGAAACGGGAACCUUUUCCGAGAGUGUGUGUGCAUUAAAUGGUAAUGCAUGCCAGGAAACCGCAGCGUUUACUAAAUGAUGGGUACCACCAAUCCCAUCAGUAUCAGAACUCUAAGUACGCCUCCAAGAGGGACUACGAACGAGAGGCUAGCCGAUCUGGCUAUGGACGCGAUCGGGAUAAUUCUCCGGCUGGAAGUUCGCUAAACAAUGGCAAUUACAAAUCAAUUUCGCCAGACAUGGACUCACCGCGGGACCGUGAUCGCGACAGGAAUCGUGAUCACGACCGAGACCGGGACCGUGAUCGGGGCGGGGAUCGGUAUCAGUAUGGAAUGAGCAAACUGCGAGACAAGGACCGUGAUCGAGAUUAUAAAAAGGACAAAUAUUCCGAUUCGCUUCGAUCACCUAAAGAAAAACGAAGUCGCAGCGAUCGGGACACGGACCAUCGGUCGAAUCACGACCGGCGGUUAAAAAUUUCCGUAUCGGAGAAACGCGGUGGAUCGAGUUCAAAUUCAGACGAUCGCGAGCGCGAUCGGGAACGGGAACGCAGUGAGCGCGAACGGGAACGAGAACGCGAUCGCGAUCGGUUACGGGAUCGUGAUCGAGAUCGUGGAGGAGGUGGAGGUGGUGGCGGCGGAGGAGGUGGUGGUGGUAGCGGAAGCGGAGGGAGUGGCGGUGGCGGAGGUGGCAGCGGUGCAGGUGUGGGUGGUGAUCGUGUAAACCGCGUCGGUGACUGGAGUGAACAUGUCAGUUCGUCUGGCAAAAAGUAUUACUACAACUGUAAAACGGAAGUAUCGCAGUGGGAGAAGCCCCGGGAAUGGAUGGACAAAGAAAGUUAUGGUUUUGACAGGGUCAUGCCCAAGGAUCAGCACCGAGAGUAUCGAGACAAAGAUCGCGAUCGCGAGAGGGAUCGAAACGAUCGCGACCGUGAGGAUCGGUAUUCGUCCUCUGCCGGCAGCCGGUCCACAUCGUAUGGCAAGCAUUCCAGCAGUAAAAGCAGUAACUCGAGGAUACGGUGGCCGGCACACGAGUCGCACAGGAGGAGGCAUGAUGAAAAUCAAGACAUGGACAUAAGCCCCGGAGACUCGACGCCAACCUCGGAGGCCAAUUAUUCUCACUCGAGCACUCCGACCAACCAGCAGGGGCACAGCAACAAUGCAGUCAACAACGAUGGCAACACUGCCGGAACGGGUCUGAUGGCAAACCAAUUGCCCCGGUUAUUAUCGAACCCGAUGGCGACCCAAAGUGGCAUUGCCAUGCCACCGCAUUCGCAAUCACAGUCCUCACAGUCCAGUAGCUAUUCGGCAACGGUGGCUACGUCAUCUCCUUCCGUACUGCAACAGCAACAACAACAGCCACCGCACAUGGUUGUUGGGUCCAGUGGCGACCUCAUGCUAAGCUCGAAUACUCCCGGUCCACCAGGUUCGCAACAGCACCACCAUCACCACCACCAUCUUCAACAGCAGGCGCAACAGCAGCAGCAGCAACAACAACAACAACAGCAGCAGUUAGGCCAGUCACCGCAUUCUGCUGCGAAUGCUACCGCCGCCAGUGCGAAUGUGUCCUCUUCGUCGACGUCGUCGUCGUCGUUAGCCGGGCUGCCAAAAAUUCUGUCGCAAAUCACCGGCAACAAGACGAUAGAACACAACGAACUGAACCCACAGAAGGCGCUGCAAACCAUCAACAAUGCGCUGAUGAUGCAGUCGAGGCAACAGCAGCAUCAGAACCCCAACGGGUCUGUGUCCGGAUCGACGCUAGUGGAUGGUGGCAACGCGACGGGAGCGAACAGUUUAAGGGAACACGCACUGAACUCACCGCUCUACAAUGUUUCCAACCUGUCGCAUCCCACGACGCCGAUGGCGUCCGGUGGCAGUGGGCUACUGAACCACAGCAAUCACCAACCCAACAAUCUGAACUCGUCCACUUCGGCGGCGAACCUGAGCGGAGGCAGCAAUAGCAGCCAACUGCUCAGCGGGGAUGGUCCUCCCACGCCCACCCAGGAAAUGGACCUGGUAUUACCGGACCAUCGGAAGAUGGAAAGUACGAGCACGACCACGACAAGUGCCGUGAGCAGUCUGCAGGGAGUGAUGACCUCGUCCCAAAGUGGCCGAUCUCAAGGACCGAAUCUAACGCCCAGCCUAGCGAAGUACUUCCGGGCCGAUUUGAUAUCCCAUGUGACGGGAUGGCCGUCGGAAAUACUGGAAAAGACGCUGGCGGCAUGUGCCGUGGUGUUCUUUCCCUUGCAGGUGCAGAAAAUGUCGGAGGAGGCCCACAUUCUCGGUGAUCUACAAUGCAGCAAAGUAUCGGCAGAUUUAAAAUGUGCUAGGAGUGUAGUUAGAAUAACGGAAAUCACGGCGACGCUGCAAGAACAGAAAAUUAUGUAUCUACGACAACAAAUUCGUAGACUAGAAGAGCUAAAAUCGGAAAACUCUUUUAUGUCUGAUGAUCUAUAGCGCUAUUAAAUACAAAGUUAAAUUUAUAUAAAAAAUACAGAAAGCCCUACAAAAAAAAAACUAGAAAUCAUCCUUUCUUUUUAAAGGAGGAAACAUUACACUACCUAACUGGGGAUGCAUGUUAUACACUGCAAUAUUGAACCGAUCGAUACAAAGUUUAAAACAUCAACAAGUACAGAAACAAAAGUAAACAAAAAGUCAAAGCUGAAUCCCACAUCAUUGUAUAAAGCUAGAGGAAAAUUUUUAGAAACAAUCCUGCUCUGAAAUCCACGGAGUCGGCCGAAUGCGACGAGAAGAAGAAAGCUGAAUCAUGCAAAACACAUUCACACACUCAUAAUACGUCAUAGCCGUUCCGCAUACUCUAACUCACACACUCACAUUAAAUUGCGCAGAGAUUCACUCGUACACACUUACAGCAUAACCAACCGUUGGUAAUUUCUAGGGAUGACUGAAAAUAGGAAGCAAAUCGUACGAAUCAUCAAAGGAUAUGAUUUUAAACUGUUAUUAUUAUUAUAUUUAUAUGAAAGAUAAUGAAGAAUAAAGUUUUUGUUCUUUAUCCGUUUCAAAAAUGCAACUAAUCAGAUGAUAAAAACGCAUCAGAACUUGUUUAAUGUUUUCUAUAAUGUUGUAAUGGGAAAUAUUGUACAUCAAAUAAAAAACAAAUCAUUCAUUCACUGGCACAGAGUGAUGGAAAGGCAAACAUAGUAAUAAUCAGCCCCUGCAUCUCCCUGUCUCCACAAAAAAAAUGUGAAACAAACAAAAAGAACUGCAUUCAUGCCGGGAAGAGGACGUCGGCAAUAUCUCUACUACACUCUACUAGGGCCUCAUGAAUGAAAGAAGUUAAUGAAGAUGGAUGUUGUCGCUCUUCCGCGAACUGUUUAGGUAAACACAAACAAUGGAAUAAACGAUGAAGGAUACAUUCAACAAAAUGGAAAACUGAUUCACAUUAGAAGCACUUUCUAGAGAAGAAAAAAAAGUAAAAAUACAAAAAUGCUAAAAAGUAGUCUAAAUAUUCAUGUAUAUUUCAUUACACUAAGUUAUGAUAAGAACAAAAAAGUAAAAGCGUAAAAUCAAUUAAUAAAAAAAAACAACUUGACGAAUGAAACAAACUAAAAACAACAGCAGAGCAAAACGUGUAUGAAAGCAGAUGAACCCAUCAGUUUUUAAGCAGCGCUUGACGUGCGUUCAAUCCGUCGUCGUUGGAGCAGAUGCAAUUUUCUUUCUACGAAUAACCUUAUUGAGGAAACUCUUGCAUGCAUAUAACACACACACAGAACUAAACCAACCAAACUAUCGGGAAAUCAAAGUAAUCUAACUUAACGAAAUGUACUAAAAAAUAGUAAAUCACAACUCGAAACUAAACAACAGUGGACUGAUAAAAUAACCCGACUGACGAAACGACGACGAAAACAUGCCAGACACGGACCGAACGGACAGGAAGCAGCAAAAUUUUACACAUCUGGAUCCAUCUCUUUGAUAUAAACAAAAGAAAACAUGGAACAUAAGUCAUAGGGAAAAAAUAGUAAAGUUUAGUAAUAUGAAAUAAUACAACAAAGUAUAUUUAAAUCAA